AUGGAUUUUGAAAAGUGCGAAUUUGAGCUCAAAAUUCUGAAUUUCUGGGGAAUUUUUUUAGACAAUAUUCAGACGAAAUUUGUCUUUUUCCAGGCUAGAACACUAAUUAACAUCCCAUCAACAGCACCAUCUGGAUGGCUAAUUGGAGACCUUCGAUUUCAGAAUUUAAUUGGAAAUUCUGAAAAUGCCACGUUGCAAAACUCGAUUUUCAGCUCGUAUUUUGAAGUGGAAAAUGGAGAUAAGAUCAUCACCAACUCUACCAUCUCCCAACUCCGUGGAGAGCUAUUUGAGCUCUUUCUCAACGUCCAAGAGCAAAAUUUCCACCGUCUAGUGACCCUUCACAUCUAUGUGGAGCCCCCAAACCAGAUUGCUCAUCUUAAAAAGUUCCUCUCUACCGUAUACCGGUCUACCGUAUACACAUCUCAACCACCAGGCACUACAGUAGUCUUUUCGAAACCGAUUUCGCUGGAAAAUCAAGGAAACUCUUCGAAUUUUCAAAUUGCACCAAUUUCGAAAACUCCGGGACAGUUUCUGGUGAAACCACGUGGCAAAUCCAUGGAAAUUCUGAUGAUGAAGACGUCGUUGGAGUCAGAAGACGUUGGAAAACACGUCUUCUAUUUGGCAGCGUUGUCUGAUAAUCAAAUGAUUGCUCAGACUAAAAUUAUCGUGGACAUUGUGGAUUCUGGAGACGUCAAUUUCCUUCUGAUGUCCAGAAAGAUGAUAGCAAAGUUUGCAACGAAAAUUCCAGAAAAUACAACGAUUUAUCAAGUGGAAAAGAGAAACAUCUCCGAACCCCUUCUCUUCCACCUCGAUCAACCGUCUCGAUUCUUCGAAAUCGAUCACUUCUCUGGAAAAGUGUCUACAGUACUCCCCGUCGGUUACGGUAUCUACCAUAUUCGAGUAGUAGCUAGGAACAGUAAGAAACAGCGCUCCGAUGCAUGGCUCCAAAUCAUCGUCAGUGGUCAUUUGAAGAAUUGGGAAAAGUCUGAAAUUCAGAAGACGUCAAGAUCCCGACGUCAUCUGGAUGACUUGAUUUUUAGGAUUCCAGAAAAUUCGACAAUGGAAGAAAUUGAGAGGAGGAAAAUGAAAAUUCCUCUAUUCCCCGGUGAAACGAUAGGAGAAAUCAGUGUUGCCAAGGAAUGGCUGAAAAUCGAUGCAGAGGGGAAAAUUCGAAUUUUGAAGCCGUUGAAUUUCGAAAAAACCAGCUCCAUCAUCGCUACAGUACCCAUUAAUGGUCUUCAGAGCAGUCGCACCCAAACGAUUCGAAUCCACGUGGAAGACGUCGAUGAGCCGCCGAGUUUUGUGAAUUCUCCACUUCCGAUGCUGGCAGUUGUACCGUUGAAUCCAACAAUCGGAAGAAUCAUUUAUCAAUUUGUGGCCCGGGAUGAGAAUGGAGACGGAGAUUCAAAUGUACAGUAUAAGGAGAUUGAUUUUCGAAUUUCAGCAGCCGGUUCCUUCUCAGUGGACUCGAAAUCAGGCGUCGUUCGAACGGGAUGGAGUAAAUAUGAGAAGGGAGAAACCUACCGUAUCUCAAUUCAAGCCAUUGAUAUGACACCAUCUGAUAACUCCACGUCACAGUUAUCAGAAGUGGCGAUUUUGGAAAUUCUGGCUGAUGAACGACCUCCACAAUUCGCGAAACAAGAAUAUGAAGUAGCGGUUUCCGAGGAUAUUUUGGUGGAUUAUAGUGUCGUCGACGUCAAAGCUCAAUCAUUCCGAUCAAUCGAAGACGGACGAUCAAAAGGACCCAUAACAUACUCACUGGAAUCAGGAGAUUCCUCUUCUUCAAAUGAAAUGAAAUCGUUUCGAAUCGAUCCAUCAACAGGAAUCGUUCAUUUGACGAAAGAAUUGGAUUACGACGAUCCAGCACUUCCAAAGAGUCAUCAAUUCAAAGUCACCGCCAGAGAAGACAAUCGGGAGAGCCACGUGGCAUUGAGAAUUCGAAUUGAAGACGUCAACGAUAAUGUUCCAAUGUUCACACGUCCUCUGUAUACAGCACAAGUUCGAGAGGAUAUUCCCUUGAAUCAGACUAUUUUGAAAGGUUUACUACAACUUUUUCAAUUCUGGAGAAAACGCGCGUAUCACCUAUUCGCUGGACAAUCAGAAUUUCUCAAUAAACGAAAAUGGAGAGAUUGUGCAAAAAUCCGUCUGGAUGCAGAUCAAUACAACGAGAGACAUUUCGUUUAUCGAUUCAAUGUGACCGCCCGUGAUCAUGGAACAAAUCAGCUGAGCAAUACGGCAAUGGUACACAUUCGGACAGAGAAUACCAACGAUGAAAGUGCCGUAUUCCUGCCAACGAGUCAUUACACAGCGUUUGUGGCCGAGGAUGCUCAAGGAGGAACACCUGUUAUACAGAUACAGGCCCGUGACGCGGACCGUGACGAAGUCACCUACUCAUUCAUGGACAAGAAUCAGCGAUCAACUCAAACAAUGAAUCUAUUCACAAUCGAUCAACACACAGGACUGGUUAAAUUGAGGCAUGGAGUGACUCCAAUAGAUUUGGCAGAAGCUGAAAAUCCUAUAAAUUUGACUGUAAUCGUGGAGGACGAUGGAUCUUGCUGUGUGUAUCCAUCCAAAACUCAUGCUUCCUAUGCGACAUUGCUCAUUGGGAUUGAGGAUGUGAAUAAUAAUAAACCAGAGUUUCCAGACUGCGCCCGAUACUCAGAGAUUGCGAAAAUCAUGGAAGGAACCUAUAAAUCGGACCCACCAACAAUAGUAAAAGUGGAAGCAACAGAUGAUGAUUCAUCAGCGAAUGGAGAUAUCGUAUAUUCAUUGUAUUACACACAAUCGGAGAGUCGAAAAGCAUUUGUGAUAGAUAGACAUACGGGAGUGUUAACACCAUCCCCGCAUGUUGUAUUCGAUCGGGAGACACGACCACGAGAGGAUGUUACCGUUAAGGCAACAGAUCGAGGUGAUCGUCCACUGAUUGGAUUUUGUCAAUUCUCGGUUGAAGUCGUCGACGUGAAUGACAAUGCUCCACAAUUCGAACGUCCAUCCUAUGAGACUUCUGUCUCUAGAUUCGAAGCGAUUGGAACAUCUGUGAUUACUGUGUUUGCGUUCGAUAACGAUGCAGCACACAAUGCAGAGAUUUCCUAUAAACUGGAAGUGGACACGACAGCAGGAGAAGAGCAUCAAAACGACAUUGAAUUUUUCGAAUUGGUCAAUAGAAGAUCCGGAGAAAUCACUCUAAUUAAGCCAAUCCCAAUGCGAACCCAAAAAUUUGUCUUCAGUGUGAUCGCCGAUGAUAACGGAGUUCCAGAAUCCCUAGAAUCCACGUCACAAGUGAUUCUGAAUGUGCUGGAUAAACAACAAAAAGCCCCGAAAUGGCACAGCUCCCCAGACUGCAAACCGGGGAUUACUGUAGCUGAGAAUGUGGAAAUGAAUAAAGUGAUACUGAGGUGUCGUGCCACGUCAUCUGGAGACAAUAAGAAGAGUGACGUCAUCUAUAAAUUGACGGCUUCAGCCGGUGGACAUGGAAAUUCAAAGGCGGAGUCAAAAUUUCGGCAAUUUAACAAGUUUGAAAAUGGAAAUGAAUGGGUUGAAGUGGCGAUAAUGGAGCCAUUGGAUUAUGAGCAGAUCAAUAAUUAUACACUGACACUAACGGCUACGGUAGGUGACAUGACAUCACAUGUAGCUUCAACGAAGACAUUUAUAGUGGAAGUGAUGGAUGUGAAUGAUGUCGUUCCCCAAUUUACAGUGGAUUUGUUCACAGGGACCAUUGACGAGGAAAUGACACCGAAUGAGUAUUUGGAGAAAAUGAAUGGAAAGCCAAUAGUAACCGUAAAAGCGAUUGACACGGAUUCCGAUGGUCCACAGAAUGAAGUACACUAUCGAAUUGUCGGUGAAGCGAAUGGAGAGGAAACCAAACAUUUUCGAGUUGAUGAAUUGACUGGAGAAAUAUUCCCAAAUGAAAAGUUCGAUCGCGAAAAAGUCGACAUGUACAUUUUGAAAGUUGAAGCUAGCGAUCGCUCGAUUUCCGCGUUGCCUGGAGCAAAUGGACCAAAUAAGGAUAAUGUAAAAGUGCAAAUCGUUAUCAAUGAUGUGAAUGACAAUGCACCAUCGUUUGAGGAGUCGAAAUAUAUCGGAAGAGUCAAAGAAUCUGAAGGCGAAGGGCAUGACGUCAUCACAAUCAAGGCGCACGACUUGGAUAAGCGAGAUAUGCUACUUGGAAGCCAAAUGCGCUCUAUUGAACACACCAAACAAUUAUUUCAACAAAAAAAUUCAGAUUCCAACCUCCGCUACCAUCUAAUCGGCUCGGGAGGCGGUCGAAUCCCAUUCGGUGUUCGUACGGAUUCUGGAACAAUCUUUGUCAAGGAACCAUUGGAUUUUGAAUCCGCAGAUCAAUAUCAUUUAAUCCUGAUUGCCUCUGACGGGAGACACAACGCAACAACAAAUGUCUAUAUACAUAUAGAAGACGUCAAUGAUAAUGCACCACAAUUCGAACAACAAAAAUAUGCAACUACAGUAAUCGAGGAGGAUGUGGAUGUCCCCAAAGUGUUGUUCAAUGUCCGGGCGACAGAUGCGGAUCAGGAUGAGAAGAGCAGUCGAAUUGUGUAUCGAUUGGAGGGUCAGGGAGCGGAGGAAGUGUUCAGAAUUGGGAAGUAUUCUGGAAUGAUUGAGCUGGUGAAGCCGUUGGAUAGAGAUCCGCCCACCGGCGUGCCUAGUUGGAAUUUUGUGGUCCAGGCGAUUGAUGAUGAUGGCAUGGGGCUGGUGGGGUAUGCUGAUGUACAGGUCAACGUCCGUGACAUCAACGAUAAUUCUCCAAUAUUUCCGGAACGUCUUUUCGGAUUCAUUGAGGAGAAUCGAGAACCCAUUCAUUCCGACGGCGUCUAUUUCAUGGAUGUGCAGGCUCGUGAUUUUGAUGAUCCGACGACGGAAAAUGCGAAUAUUGAAUAUGGAAUUGUUAGGAAUAAAUUGAUCGAUGGAGAGCCUGUUUUUCGAAUCGAUCAGAAUACGGGGAAGAUUUUCCGUUCCCUGGAUCGUGAAAUGGCAUCGGAGCGAGAAUUCAUAAUUGAAGUGCGAGCGAACGAUCGAGGUGUUCCAUCACGAGAGGGCUUUGCAAAUGUCACCAUCAAAGUGACUGAUAUGAAUGAUAAUGCGCCAUUCUUUGAGAAGACACGCUACGAGGGCUCCGUCGAGGAAACUGCUCCGAUUGGAGCAGCCGUAAUGAGUUUCUCGGCGUUCGACGCUGACGAAGAAGCCAAAGACAACGUGUUCACAUAUCAAUUGGCUGAGGAAUCGGACUAUUUUUAUGUGACAACUGAUAAGGAUUCAAAGCAAUCAGCGGUUGGGGUGUUGAGAGUUAAACAGCGAAAUUUAUAUGUUUCAAACGAUAACUAUACGAGAAUCGCCCCCGCUGAAGAGGAGAAGGAGGAGAUUAGCCAUCAUCAUUUUAUCACUUUUCCUUCCGCACUCAAAACAACAUCAGAACACCACUCGACUACGAGGAUCCGUCACAACGUGACGGCUUCUCGCUGCGGAUUCGCGUCUCCGACGGACGACACGAUGCUGAAGCGGCGUGCCACGUGGCACUCGUCGAUCGCAACGACCACGCGCCACACAUUCACGGAGCCACAGAGCACAGAAUCAGAGAAGACGUGCCGAGAGGAACAGUCAUCGGACAGUACACGACGAGCGACAAGGAUGCCGGUGACGUGGCAAGGUAAAGGGGGGCUCUGGGUGACACUAUUGGGGUUGGUGGCGCUGAUGGGUUGUUUCAUUGGUCAUGCGGAGGCGUUUACGGACCUUUCGCUGCCAUUCGGACUUGAACCAUCGGUUGCCAAGUCGCGGUUCUCAUCGCUUGUCGGUGGAGUCCGUGCCAGGGAUAUACAUGUGUUUGUGAUGAAAAAUAUCAGUGAGGAUACGCCGGUCGGAACGGUUCUUGAGACUUUUAAGGCUCACGAUCCGAGUAAUCCAAUGUACAACUUCUCAUUCCGCAUCAACCGUCAAUCCGAUCCGAAACGUCAGUUCACCAUCGAUCAAGAUGGAACCCUUCGUGUUGCUCAUUCCCUGGAUCGAGAGGAUAUCGCAGUGUACAACUUGAUUAUAGAGGCUUAUGAUAAUUCCAACAACAUUGGCCGUCAAAUGGUUGCUGUCUAUCUUCAAGACGUGAAUGACAACGGACCGGAGCCCUACACAGUGCCACGACCAUGUAUUUUCCGCGAAAAUACUCCAGUCAAUCAGUUGGGCACGUGCGAGAUUCGAGCAACCGACAGAGAUACGGCUGAAUUCGGGCCACCAUUCACGAUGGAAGUGUCGCCAAACUUCAAGUACAGUCAAUACCUGAACGUGGUGUUCAAUCCGAAUGGAGACGGUGGAAAUGGAUCAAUGACAAUCACACCGCUUCAAGAAUUUGAUCGUGAAGCGCCGGUACCUGGAAAGAUUCUGGAAAUCCCGCUGGUUUUGGCCGAUCGAGCUGGUAGAAGGAACGAGGCGUCGGUUCAUGUCAUUAUUGGAGACUUGAAUGACAACACAAUGCACGAUGGCCGUAUGACGAUUCAUGUGAACUCGUACCUGGGCCGCCUGAAACAGACUGUAAUUGGACGUGUCUACGUGGAUGAUGCAGAUGAUUGGGAUCUGGGAGACAAGACGUUCUCCUGGAAAGACAGCCGUCCUGGAUUCGAGCUCUCCGACAAGGGAGACAUCACAAUGGCAGCUGAAAUGGCCGCCGGAACGUACACGAUGAGUGCAAAUGUACAUGAUAACGCCAGAGACGAGGACGCCGUCGGAUACGUGACUGUCAUUGUGAAUGCCGUCCCACAGAUUGCAUUUGAUAACCAAGGAAGUGUCCAGUUGCUGAUAGCCGAGGAGACACCACUUCAACUACCCGACGAUUUUAUUCGAGCCGAUUCGAAUGGACAAUCGCUGAUGGACACGUUCAAACAGGAGAUGGUCGCGUAUAUGGGUGGAGAUGUCACUGUUGACGUCUUCUCCGUGCAGGUCGGAAUCGCCACCCUUCAAACCAGAGACGUCCCAGUCCUCAAUGUCAGAUUCAAUGCACGUGGCAACGCCUACAGAGACACUGCUCAACUCAACGGACUCAUCGCAGCGCAUCGUGCGGAUCUUCAGAGGAAACUCAACGUGGAAAUCGUUGGCGUCGGCAUCGAUAUGUGUAAAUUCACCCAAUGCGACGCCGGAUGUCAAACGCUCAACUCUGCCGACUAUGACGGUAUCGUAGUGUCAGCCAAUUCCACUGUCGUCGUUGGUGUCAAUGCCACGUCACGCGACGAUUGCACUUGUCCGGUGUGGAGGGCUCCACCCGCUUGCCAGCACUCGUUGUGCCAUAAUGACGGAGUGUGUCAUAACACGAAUCCUGGAUUCUUCUGCGAGUGUAGAAAUGAUGGAUUGAAGGGAUCCAGAUGCCAAGGAACGACGAGAAGCUUUGGAGGAAACGGUUUCGCCUGGUACAAGCCAAUGCCCGCUUGCACUAGCUUGAACAUCUCUUUCAGCUUUAUGACAACACAAUCCGACGCGCUUCUCUUCUACAACGGACCACUGGAGACUCAACGCAACGACACCCAUAUCGAGUAUUCCGACUACAUCUUCAUUCAGCUUCGCGGCGGUCGAAUUUCUUUGGAAGUUUCGAUGAACGGUCAAUCGAGAAGCUCACUGGAAGUGGCAUCGACAGCACUGAACGAUGGCACGUGGCACGAGAUCUCAGUGAAUCAGGAGGGAAAACGAGUCGAGUUGGUUGUCGACAACUGCCGAUUCUUAGGCGCCGGAGCCGAUGAUUCUAGUUGUCGUGCCGAAUUGUACACUCCAGAUGACGACGAACGUCUGAAUAUUGUGACACCUGUGCAGAUUGGAGGACUGGCACCGCUUUCCGGACAAGACUAUCCACAAACGAUUCCACGUGGCGGUUUGAAUGGAUGCAUUCGGAAUUUGUACGUUAAUGGAGAUCAGUAUGAUUUGGCGACCCCGGCAUUCGAGCAGAAUACCGAGAAGGGAUGUAGGUUGUGGGGAUCCACGUGUGACUCGAAUUCAGUCGACUCGCUGAAUCAUUGUAUCCAUGGAGACUGCUUUGCGGAUGUUCAAGGAUCUGGUGCCAUGGUUGCCAAAUGCGUGUGUGAUCCAGGAUGGGGUGGACCACGAUGUGAACGACGAAUGGAAUGGAUUCAAUUCGCGCAAGGAGCCUUCAUCGAGUACUCCCCCAAAAUCGCCUUCCCAGAACAGGUGUCAGAUAUUGAACUGCUGUUUAUCUCGGGAAAAGUCAACGGCGCGCCAGCUGAGCUCUCAUUUGGCACGGAUUCUCAACAGAGCUACGUGUCGACAAGCUUGGAAUCAGGACAGAAUGGGGUCACUGCUGCUGGAAAGUUUGAUAUUGGAAGUGGAGGAAAACGGGCACGACAAGAGCUCCGAGUAUCUGAAGUGUUGCUGAAGGAGAAUGCGUCGUAUUGGCUGCAAUUCACCAGAAAUCCGACUCGGGCGAGUUUAUCGAUUGAUAACGCGUAUACGGUAUCCACACAACUGGACAAGGGAGAGCCAUUCUCGCUUCAAGUCAAUCAGAUCACACUCGGAACGCAGGGUCAGAAUAAGGGAUUCCAGGGUUGCAUCGGAACGUAUCGUUGGUCGAAACAGAAUCUCCCACUGAAACGUGGCGGUGCUCUGGACGAAAACGAAGAAUCGAUUGUAUCGAUUGAGAAUAUGGCGGGCGUUCGAGAUGGUUGUGAUCUACGCAUCACGUGUGCCGAUCUACCAACCAACUACUGCGGCGGAUCCUUCGCAUGCGUCGACUUCUGGAAAGGACCAUUCUGUACGUGUAACGACGGUGCCAACGCGAUUCUGGGUGACGAUGGACAAGUUGUCGGAUGUGGAGAGACGUUGGCGGUGUCGAAAUUGGGCAUCAGCUCACCGGCUAUCAUCCUUAUCAUGGUUUCCAUUGGACUGUUGUUCUUACUCCUUGCCUUGAUGGUUGUCUACACAAGACGAUCGCCUGCAGCAUUUGAAAACGUUCAACCCGGAGACAUGAAUCGCGACAAUUUGAGACCGUAUGCUGUCGAAGGAGGAGGCGAGGCCGAUAAUGAUCAGUACUCAAUCGCCGGACUGCGUAAACCAGUGAUGCCGCUGGACACUGGAAUGGGCGGUGGAAUGGGCGGAGUUCCGCCAUUGUAUCCGCCACGUGGCAUGAUGAGUCAUCCACCGAAAGACGAUAUGGAGCUGAAUUCGAAGAUCAAGGACCUGGAAUCGGAUCAAAACGCGGCGCCAUACGAUGAGCUGAGAAUUUAUGACGAUGAGCGGGACAAUAUCUCAGUGGUCACUUUGGAAAGUAUCGAAAGUGCACAGUAA